AAUUCAACACACACAUCAAAUUCACAGACAAUUGUGAAUUCUCUCUCUUCUCUCUCAUCCCCCACACUCCUACUUUUGCUCUACUGGAUUUGAAUCAGCAAACACACACACAACAACACACAAUCAUUCAAUCAAUCACUCACAGGACCUGUAGUUUUUAGCAGUUAUUGGAACCUUGAUAGUUUUGAGGUGAUUUUGUAAUUUAUCUGUGGGAUUGGGCGUGUGAUGUGUAUCGUUUUGUUAUAAAAGAGCUGGAAAUAGCGGUGGAUUGGUUACGAGAUAGUUGUGUAUUUAUAUUUAUGUAUAUGAGUAAUGACUUCUAAAGGGAGGCCAUUAUUUGAUCUCAAUGAGCCUGCUACGGAGGAGGAUGAGGAGAGUGAUGGUGUGUUCUGUUUUCAGCCUCAAAGGGCGAUUCCGUCUACAACACAUACUUCAGAUUUGUUUAAACCGUCAAAUAGUCCGCGUAGGAUAAUAAACAAUAAUGCCUUUUCUCAUGCGCCUUCUGUUUCGGGCUUUCAGCCUUUCGUUCGGUCAAAAGGAGUACAGGCAUCUGAAACUAAUGAAGAGCGGAAGAAGGAAAUUGGUAUAGGGUCUGUGGUUGAAAAAGAAGAAGGUGAAUGGUCUGAUGCAGACGGCAGUGGUGUGCCUGAAAAGUCAACUUCUGCCCCUGAUGAUGAUAAGUCAGAGGUGAAACCAAUGGCUGUUUUAGUUGAUCAAAGGGUUUCAAGUGUGGCUGCGGUGGUUAGUUUGUCUUCAGAUGUUAAUGAUGUGAAGGAUGAAAAUAGUAAUCAUGGUUAUUUAGGUCUUAAAGCAGAGGGCGGUAGUAUGCCUGAAACGUCAACUUCUGCCCAUGACGACGACAAGUCAGAGGUGAAACCGUUGGCUGUUUUAGUAGAUCAAAAGGUUUCAAGUGUGGCUGCAGUGAUUAAUACGUCUUCAAAUGCACAUGAUAUAAAGGAUGAAAAUAGUAAUAAUGGUUCUACAGGACUUGAUGUCAAUUCAGUCGAUAGGAAAAGUAGUGAUAGUCAAGAAGAUUCUGUGGUGGCUCCAAAACAAAAAGAGAUUAAAGGGGUUGAAGCAAUUCAUGCUUUAAAGAUCGCUAAUAAUCCAGGAAAGCGUCCAAAAAUUGACCUACAACGGGAAGCAAUGUUGGGCAAAAAACGUAGCAGGCAGACAAUGUUUCUUAAUUUAGAAGAUGUCAAGCAAGCAGGAGCCAUUAAAACCUCCGUCCCUAGACGGCAGAACUUUCCGCCACCUGUCACUUCUCGUAUAGUGAAAGAUAAACAGGUUCAGCCACCAAUAACAAAGGAUUCUAAACAGGUGGACCAAUCAUGCAAUGAAAGCAGUGGUAGUUUUAUGGAUUCUUGUGAUAAUAAGUCUGAAUGUAAUAAUGGUGACACGAAUUCGGGAAUUUUAGGUCGUCCAAAAAGGUCAUCCAGUAGUACUGAUCUUGCUGCAGAGGAUAAACCUGUUAUCAAUCAUAGGCAUAGCGUAUUGAAGCAGACAAAGAAUGCACAAGUCACGGGUAGAAAGACUGGUUUAAUCAGUCAGAAUUCUAUUGAUCCUAAAGCAGCUGGAGGCAAAAAGCUUCCUUCUAAAAAGCCAUCGACUGUCGCUACCCAGUAUCAGGAUACAUCAGUGGAACGGCUUCUUCGUGAGGUGACCAAUGAGAAGUUUUGGCAGCAUCCAGAGGAGGCAGAGCUUCAAUGUGUUCCUGGAAGCUUUGAAUCAGUAGAAGAGUACGUUAAAGUAUUUGAGCCCUUGCUUUUUGAGGAAUGUCGGGCACAACUUUACAGCACAUGGGAGGAGUCAACUGAAACAGCUUCUAGAGAUUUGCAUGCAAUGGUCCGUAUAAAAAGUGUUGAGAGACGAGAAAGAGGUUGGUAUGAUGUGAUACUUGCACCUGCAAAUGAGUGCAGAUGGAAUUUCAAGGAGGGUGAUGUGGCAGUUCUUUCGACCCCUAGACCUGGAACAGUCAUACCCAAGAGAAACAACAGUUCAACUACGGGGGAGGAGUCAGAGGUGAGUGGACGUGUGGCUGGCACUGUUAGACGACACAUACCGGUAGAUACUCGUGAUCCUACAGGGGCAAUCCUUCACUUCUAUGUCGGGGAUUCUUAUGAUUCUAACAGGGUUGAUGACGAUCAUAUCCUAAGGAAACUACACCCAAAGGGAAUAUGGUUUCUAACCGUUCUUGGUUCUCUUGCUACAACUCAGAGAGAAUAUAUUGCAUUGCAUGCAUUUCAUAGACUCAAUUCCCAGAUGCAAACCGCGAUUCUUCAGCCGAGCCCAGAGCUAUUCCCCAAAUACGAAGAACAGGCACCUGCAAUGCCCGAUUGUUUCACACCAAACUUUGUUGAUUAUCUUCACAGAACCUUUAACACUCCACAACUGUCAGCAAUACACUGGGCUGCAACCCAUACUGCAGCAGGUACGACCAACGGGUCAACAAAGAAGCAAGAACCAUGGCCCUUUACACUAGUCCAAGGUCCACCUGGAACCGGAAAGACUCAUACGGUGUGGGGGAUGCUGAACGUAAUACAUCUCGUCCAGUACCAGCAUUACUACACCGCAUUGCUUAAAAAACUAGCCCCUGAAAGUUACAAGCAAGCAUCCGAGAGUAUCGCUUCUGAUAACGUUCCGAACGGGUCUAUUGAUGAAGUUCUCCAAAGCAUGGACCAGAACCUGUUUCGAACGCUUCAUAAGCUCUGCCCGAAACCGAGAAUGCUAGUCUGUGCUCCGUCAAAUGCCGCUACCGAUGAGCUGCUUACACGUGUUCUUGAUCGUGGGUUUAUCGAUGGCGAGAUGAAAGUUUACCGCCCUGACGUGGCUCGAGUUGGGGUUGAUUCUCAAACACGAGCAGCUCAGGCAGUGUCGGUCGAGCGUCGAACCGAGCAGCUUUUGGUGAAGAGCCGAGAUGAAGUUUAUGGGUGGAUGCACCAGUUAAAAGGUCGUGAAGCUCAGUUAUCUCAACAAAUAGCAUCGCUUCAAAGAGAACUUAACGUUGCAGCUUUCACGGGUCGGUCCCAAGGUUCGGUUGGUGUGGAUCCUGAUGUUCUUGCAUCUCGUGACCAGAGCCGAGACGUGUUGUUACAAAAUCUUGCGGCUGUGGUUGAAAAUCGGGAUAAAGUACUAGUGGAAAUGUCUCGUCUUUUUAUUCUAGAAGGUCGGUUUCGUGGUGGCGGGAACUUUAACUUGGAGGAAGCUCGAGCUAGUCUAGAAGCAAGUUUCGCCAAUGAGGCUGAGGUGGUUUUCACUACGGUUUCAAGCAGUGGUCGAAAGCUUUUCUCACGCUUAACCCACGGGUUCGACAUGGUGGUCAUCGAUGAAGCGGCCCAAGCUAGUGAAGUCGGCGUGCUUCCUCCUCUUGCUCUGGGUGCAGCCCGGUGCGUUCUUGUGGGGGACCCACAACAACUUCCCGCAACCGUUAUUAGCAAAGCUGCUGGGACCCUGCUAUACAGCAGAAGUCUUUUCGAAAGAUUUCAACAAGCGGGAUGCCCUACAAUGUUACUUUCGGUGCAGUACCGUAUGCACCCUCAAAUACGAGAAUUCCCUUCGAGAUACUUCUAUCAGGGACGCCUUACCGAUAGUGAAAGUAUUGCUAAUUUGCCUGAUGAGGCAUACUACAAGGACCCGAUGUUAAAACCUUAUAUUUUUUACGAUAUCACUCAUGGCCGGGAGUCACAUCGGGGCGGGUCAGUUUCGUAUCAGAAUAUCCACGAAGCCCAGUUUUGCCUUAGGUUAUAUCAACAUCUUCAAAAAAGUGUCAAGUCUCUAGGUAUAGGGAAAGUUUCGGUGGGCAUUAUUACCCCUUAUAAGCUGCAAUUGAAAUGUAUACAACGGGAAUUUGAGGAAGUUUUGAAAUCCGAAGAAGGGAAGGACCUUUAUAUCAAUACUGUUGAUGCUUUUCAAGGGCAAGAACGUGAUGUUAUUAUUAUGUCUUGUGUGCGUGCUUCCAACCAUGGUGUGGGUUUCGUUGCUGAUAUUCGCCGAAUGAAUGUUGCUCUCACGCGCGCAAAAAGGGCACUUUGGGUUAUGGGGAACGCAAGUACGUUGGUUCAGUCGGAUGACUGGGCUGCGCUGAUUGCUGAUGCGAAGGCCAGGGAAUGUUAUAUGGACAUGGACUCGCUCCCUAAAGAUUUUAUGGCGUCUAAGGUGCCACCACCAGCCUAUGGUUCACCACAGACGAGGUUUUCUAACAUGAGGAAUGUGAAGAGACCUGGGUUUAGAUACCGACCAUAUGACCACAUGGAGUCUCGGUCAGAAGAUGAUGAGAAAACAAACUCAUCAUUUGCUCCAAGAAACGGAAAUUACCGCCCUUUCAAGGCACCAACGGAAGGUUCCCUUGAUGAUUUUGAUCAAUCGGGCGAUCGUUCAAGAGAUGCCUGGCAACAUGGCAUUCAGAAGAGACCGAAUUCAACCCCUCUUGGAGGAAAACGCGACCCGUGAUCCCGGUUUAUAAACUGACAAGUUUUUUUGUGGCGGGCUCGCGAAAUUUGAACAAAAGUUGAUUAUGUGUGGCCCGAACCAAUGGAGUUGCUUUAAACGAGCUAGAAACAUCAGAUUUGAAAGAAACUGAUUCGACAUAUGGAUGAUUCCGACUCUCAUAACCCUUUUGAGCCCUAAAAGGGUGCGUCUGGGCUAUUAUGAGCAGUCUCUUUAUUCCAUGAUAUCUACUUGUAGUUGUAUGAGAACUUACCAUGGAUUAUUGAGAAUUCGCAACGUAAACCAUCCAUGGGCACUCAGUUUUUGAUCUUAGUUAAUGACUGAUGAAACAGGGAUAAAAACGAGUUUGAAGGUGUCGAUAUAUACGGGAUACAAAGAUUUAUGAUUUGUUAUUUGGAUGGAUUAAUACAGUAUUAUGUAUAGAAAUGGCGGAGUUGAUGAUUAACAUUCGCUAAUUUAUAAAUUUUGGGGUUGGUGGUGAACCUUGUGUUGUACAUGCUUUUACUUUGAAAAUAAUAUUUAUCACUAUUCCUUUA